AUGCAGCUAUGGACCGGUCGAGGUAGUUCCCUCUGCGCCUUGCGAUCUUUCACCGGCUUGGCUGUACGGUCAUUUACUACAACCUCCAUUCUCCAACGAUCGAGAAAAACGAAGGAACCGGCGAUACUUCCAGAUAAGAAAACCAAGAAAAGGGUUCGUCGGCGAUCAGUCACACCACGGCAUUAUGCUAACCCAACUAUUCAGACGGCAGUUCAGAUCCCCGAAGCCAGAGCGAUUCGAAAAGAUAUUGCGGCCGCGCGAGAUUUCAUCCAAUUGGUCGAGGCAGCGUUGCGCGACAUCAAGAAGAAGGCGACUCGAACCCCGGAGGGGUUAGAAGGAUGGGGAACGUUUGAGCGUCAGGUUGUGGUUGCUUGCAAAGCAGAUGACAAGAAAUCCGCAAACGCUGGCGGCUCUCUUCAUCAAACGAAAGCGUCUUUGCAAAGGGCAUAUCUGUCUGGUGGUGCCCAAGGUCUGCGGGAGGAGUUGGAAUAUCUGCUGCAUGCGGAACACCUCACGCGCAAGUAUUCUGCGCCACUGUUGGAGGCGCAAAAGCAGAUAGCCGAUCUUCGAUAUCCCGCUGAGUGGUACCCGCGAGCACGAUCAGCACAACGAACGAUUCAUCUCCAUGUUGGACCUACAAAUUCCGGCAAGACAUAUCACGCGUUGCAACGGCUACGGAAGAGCAAAAACGGAUUCUACGCAGGCCCGCUCAGACUACUUGCGCAAGAAGUAUAUCACAGGUUCAAGGCAGAGGGAGUCCCGGUCAGUUUGGUGACGGGCGAUGAUGUCAAAGCCCCAGAGAACAAUGAAGUGCCGCGUAUUGUGAGCAACACGGUGGAAAUGGUCAGCCUUGGUCAGGAAUACGAUGUCGGAGUUAUCGAUGAGAUCCAAAUGAUCUCCAACCCUUCACGAGGAUGGGCCUGGACUCGAGCGUUCCUUGGAUGCCAGGCUACCGAGCUACAUCUUUGCGGAGAGACUCGAACAGUGCCCUUGAUCAGAGAGCUGUGCGCGCUGACGGGAGACAAAUUGGAAAUACACCGCUACGAACGACUCAACUCACUGGAGGUCAUGCCACAUAGCUUGAAGGGUAACCUGAUGCAGCUCGAAAAAGGAGACUGUGUCGUGGUGUUUUCUCGGAAAGGUAUCCACGCCAUGAAAGCAGACAUCGAGAAGUCAACGGGAAGACGUGCAGCCAUCGUCUACGGUGGUUUGCCCGCAGAGAUCCGAACCCAGCAAGCCAACCUGUUCAACGACCCCGACAAUGACUAUGACUUCCUAGUUGCCAGUGAUGCUAUUGGAAUGGGUUUGAAUUUGAGCUGCAAGCGUGUCAUCUUCGAUACUCUGGUCAAGCGAGGCCAGGAUGGACUUCAACGUCUUACUGUGCCAGAGAUCAAACAAAUCGGAGGACGUGCCGGGCGUUAUCGCCCAGCCAAUAUCAUGGAAGGCCAGGAUGAAGAUCCCAACGUGGGCUUGAUCACUUGUCUUGAAGAGGUCGACAUUCCGUUCAUUCAACAGGCCAUGAAAAUGGAGCCCCCUCCUCUGACUGCCGCGGGCAUUAUGCCUCCAGAUUCUGUCUUCCGGAAGUUUGCUGCCUACUUCCCGCCAGGUGUGCCUUUCGAGUAUUUGGUCAAGCGGACUCUGGAGAUUGCCCAGGUUAGCCCCUUGUUCUUCAUGUGCGACCCCAAGGGUCAGUUGGAAAACGCAGAAAUCGUCGACGCGGUGCAGGGCCUGCCCAUUGAGGACCAGCUCAAGUUCAUGGUUUCUCCCAUGGAUGUCAGGAACGCAAAGUCCCGUGAUGUUACUGGCGCGUUAGCUGAUUGUGUCGCUGAACAUGACGAUGGUCUCCUUUUGAACAUCCCUCACCUCAAGCUGGAAGUUCUCGAGCAACCUGUUUCCGGCAGCAAUGAAUAUAUGCAUGAUUUGGAGAGUCUCCACAAGGCCGUCAUUCUUUACCUGUGGCUCAGCUUCCGUUUCGGUGGUGUUUUCACAAACCGAACACUGGCCAGUCAUGUCAAGGAGCUUGUCGAAGAGAGAAUGGUCCGAGCCUUGACUGAGUUCUCUGCGAACAAGAGAUUGCGCAAGGGCUCUUCUCUCAAGCGCCAGAUCGCUCUUCAGAAGCAACUGCUCGAGCAGCAACGCAUGGGUGUUGCUUCGGAUGACUGGAGCGCUCAAGCGGCAGAGAUGCAGACCAACGUGCCUGCGGAAGUGUCUCCGGACGAAGAAUCCCUGGGAGAGUCAUCUGCCGAACCCGCCGAGCUUUCCAAGGAUGAGCUCUCUCGGGUUGAAAGCUCUGAUCCGGAGAACUCUUCAGCUCAAACUGAGCCUUCAUCUGAAACUGAGUCGUCGACUGAGGACCCGCCGUUGGAGAAUUCGUGGUACGAUUCAGAGACGGACAAAAAGGAAUAA